AACUUUUUUCUUCUUUCCACCGCACCUCGACCUGUGUCCGUGUGAUCUAUUCAUCUUCAGCGGUAACAUUCUUCCAAGUAAAAGGCAUUUACACUGGCUAGGGCAUGAGACUAGGAGCAGAGAGGAAGUUUGACAGAAACUUUGCCUGCUAUACACUUUCAGAUAUUCCAUAAAUGCUGAGAUGGCAGGAAAUGCCAACAAUGAUAGCCUAAAUAGAUAAUUAACCCUUACAGGUGAACACGUUUGGAUCACCUUCUGAAUGCAUGGCGCCAGUUUUUACAGCUUAUUACAGAUCUUAUUCUAGUUGCAUGUAACUGUGUCUCCUCUGUCCAUUUUGGCUCUUCCUGUCAGUGUAAGACUGAGAAAGGGAAUGAAUUAUGCUUGGGGUUUUUCUACUGCCAUUUUUUUCCCAAUUGUUUUGUUGGGACUUUUUUUGUCUCUGAUUUUACAUUGUGGCACAGGGCUCUUGGAAAAGAACCUCUGUUACUCCUAAACACUGCAUGAACAUCAACAGAACACCCCAAAGAGUUUGCAGUCUAAUUAAGGCUAUAGAUGUACAUAAUUGAUUAAUUAAGCUUUACAAGUCCUAGCCAAGGUAAGUGUAAGGUUGGGCAGAAUGAAAUAUAAUCAAUUGUGCUGUGCAAUCUAAAUCAUAUACACUUCUGGAGACCAGAGAGAAAAUUUGUUUUUCUAACAGAUGCAGCAAAACUGUCUUGUGUGUUCUUCUUCGGGGUGCAGCGGAAUUGGUUUGGUUCAAAGUACUCAACUUUGUUUUAAACUACAUCUCUUUAGCUUGAAAAGUACAAUUGAAAAUACAAAGCAGGUAAAAGUAGCUAAAUUAAGGGUUUGGUGAUCAUACAUGAGGGAAUAAAAUAAAUAUUGUCUGUGAAUUAUUAGAUCACUUGAGAAAUCAGGAAAUAAUUAGUUUUCUGACUUCUAAUUAGUCUAGAUCUUAGUACAGAGAAGCAAUCUACUGUAUCACUUGGUCUUCUGGAAAAAGAGGAGAUCUGAUUCUAAGCUCUGUGCCUGAUUUGGAAAGGCAGAAAUCCUGGGAUGUACCAGUGCAGUGAGUGAAAUUCCAGCCUGGUGCUGAUGUGACAGAAGUGAGUGAGGCUGGUUGUGGGAGGCUGGGCAGGUGAAGAUAAAGUAGGCGCAUAAGCCCAAAUUUCAGGAUAUCAAAUCCUUAUUCAGACUUUAUUCUGAGAUAUUUCUGAAGAUCUUUUGUGUUCAAGAAAAAAUACUCUAGCAAUUCAGUUUUGGAGUGAGAUUUCACACCUCAUAACUGAACAUGUAUGAGAAGCACUAUGCAGCUGAGCUGGAGAUGGCACAGUUUUCAGUUUUAGGUCAUUUCCCACACCAGACGUACAGGCUGAGCCCCUCUCCUCUCUUUUCUCGGACCACUGAUUAUUUUGCCAUGCUGGCUUCAGUGUGGAGAAUAAUUAAAAAGUUCUUUGACUAUGCUUUUGCUUUUUUCUUUCCUUGAGGUGGUUGCCUUUUUUUUAUCUCUCUUGAAACAGAGUGGUAGCAUGGGAAAAACUCAGCUGAGAAAAAAAGGAAACUUCCUUCUUGCUUCUGCAUCAGUCUGAGGAAGAAAAAGUUUACUUCUUAUCUUUGAACAAUCCUGGAUAAGGGAGAGCUGCCUGAGGGCUCCAAGCAUUUGAUAUCCAGUAUUUUAUGGAUAGAACUGUUUAUUAGACUGGACAGUAAUUCUACCUUUGUAUAAUUCUGUAGGCUACAUCACAGACUAUGAACAGUAUUUUCACAAAUACCGAAGUUAUACAUUUUCUUGGAACUACAAGUUCUGCCUGCUCCAUGGUCCCUAACCUUCUGUGGAACACAUAACAGGAGAGUGACCAGUGCAUGGCCAAAUUUCAGCUUUAUGUGUUAGGACAUUUUAGAGGCAUGUACCUGAAUAUAGGAAUCACUCUAAGCAGCAAAAUGGCUUUUUCGUUCCCCAUUAAAAAACAAAAGAAAACAAUGUCUUAUCCCCAUUUAAAAAGAAUUGAAAAAUGUGCAGAUAGGGAAGUAAGGGCACAUGAUGGAUUAAACGCCUUUCCCAUGGCCACACAGGAAGUCUGUGGCUAAGCUAGGAAUUAAACCUAGAUUUCCUCAGUCUGCCUCCAAUGUCUUGCCCCCAUUUCAGGUUGUAAAAUCUUGUUUGUUACCAAAUUCUCUGUAGGCUGAAGCAGUAAGACACUAAGUGUGAGAAUGAGCAAUAUUAGAGAAUAAAUACUAUUAAUAAUAAGUGAGAAACUGAGAAUAGUUCUGGAUCAAGCAUUACCCAUUUCUAUUGCUGUUUAAUGUCCUCUUUUUUCCUAGUUUACAUCAGCAUAAAAAUCCCCUUGGGGUAUUGUUCCUUAACCAAACUAGUUGUGCCUUUUCCUCUGGCUAGGGUUACAGUGGAGCCCAGUGCUUAGCUGUUUCCAACUGUUCUGGUUUAACAGUAAGUAACAUUAUGACUGAAUUGACAGAAAAAAUACUCUAUUUAUGCCUCUUUCACCUUACAUUUCUCAUCCAAAGUCAAAUAGAAAAAUUACAUCCAUUUCCUGUGGAGAACAUCCAUAUCUAUGUUCUCUCUUAACAUGCUCAUUUGAUUUAACAAAACAUUCUAUUUCUUUAACUGCUGCAUGACUGAAUUUUAUCCUUGGAAAUGCUGAACUACAUCAAGAGGGGCUCCAUUGAAGUGAAAACCAGACCAGGACCAGUAAAGCCAAAAGAAAGCAGUUCAUGCCCCUCAAAUAUGAAAUAAAGAGAAGCCCAUCUCUAUAGUAGGUAGAAUAUGACAAGCUAGGCAAAACCUUCCCAGUGGUCGUAGUUCCUCUCACAUAAAUAUGCUGGGUAUUGCACAGCAUGGUCACUACCAGCCCUACAUGAACAAUGCACUGCAUAAACUCUGCCCUUGUAGACUAGACAUACAGGUGUACCUGUAGGGAACUGGGAGAACAGUCACAGCUGCAGGAUGGGAAAUGCUGUGCAGGUCUCCAGCGGUGAUUCCAUCUCAGGGACUGUUGCCAUUCACUGAACUAUAGUGCUAACUCCUUCCUACUCAGGUAGGAAGUCCCACAUGUCCUAAAUUACAUUAACUUUAGCUGAAGAAAUAAACACUGCUUAAGUGGACCAGAAGAUACUUUCUAAUUUACAGAUAGAUGGUAGGGAGAAGAGCUGAACCUGCUGAUACUCUCUGUUCAAGAGUAUUUCAAAGAAAGUGAAGCCUUACUAAAGCCCAUUUCUUAUCACCUGACAACCUCUUUUGUGGAGAAUAGCCUCAAAUGGUUUUGACAGUUCUUCCAAUAAGGGAGCUUUCAUGCAAUGAUGAACAAAUAAAUACACCACAGUACACCUUUCUGUAACACUCCUCUCUUUAUUUACACGCAGGAUUUCACCACUAUCUUCCUGAGAAACUACAAAAUUCAGUUAGGUAGCAGAUAAGACAAAAACUGGAGCUUGACUCAAAAAUUAUGCAAAACUGUUAGUGUUGUGACAUUUAUAGAGAAUAAUUUCUCAUGUUUUUACUUUCUACUUAGCUCUUUAUCAGAAAAAUUCUUGCGGAAAGGUCCCCAAGUAAGGAAAGAUUGUUGAAAGCUGGUGUUCCCGCUCUGUUCUUAAAGAAGUCCAUGUUCUGUUUUGUAUCUAUUUUGCCUUGAAAUGAAGAAGAGAAAAUUCUUCAUGUGAAUCUCAAACACUUUCUGCUCCAGCCAAGUUUCAUUCUGAACAAGUGGGACACAUGGUCUCAGUGGAAGGACUUCCUAAGUUGUCUGCUCCAUCCACUGUCAGCCAGGCAGGAUUGCCCAUUUAGGCAAUCCCUACUCUGCUUUAGCCAAUUUCCUUCUGUACUCUUCUCUCACUCUGUCCCCCACGGCUGCCUUCAGCAAAAAAGACCAUUGCCUAGUUGUGCCUUUGAUAUGAAGGUAAGGAAUGGGCUGGUGGUUAGUUCAGGCUGGGAGAGUCCAGCUGCACAUAGAGCACCACAGUUUGGUCCCAGUCUUAAAGUAGGUGGGGAAAGGAAUACAUGUCAAGUGGGUGAAUGUCAGAGAGGAAUUGUAAUCUGGAAGAUUACUGUAGAGGCAAAAAGGGCUAAAUCUCUCUAAUUUUUUUUGUUGGUUUUAAUUUUUUUCUGCUAAGCAACUAAAUAUAAUUCCUGGUCUAUGCUUCCCUUUAUGUCACUUCUCCAUAAUUCUUAGCAUUUCAGUUGGGUUGCUGUCUCUUGGCUGCUUCCUCUUUUCCUGCUUUCCUAUAUUUCAUUAUUUGCCCUUCUUCCUCUUAGAGUACUUUUAUAACAGUGAGGAGGAUGUGGAAAUGUUACAAUGUGACACAGAAACUGCAGUGUCACAGCUACAGCUCUUUUGUUUCACCUCCAGGAAUGCAAAGAAGCAGAUCAGAGUGGAGAGGCAGGAGUGGAUAGCUGAGUGAAGGGAAGAGAUUUAUAAAUAGGGAAGAGAAAUGACAAAAAGUCAGAAAGUUUCCAGAUUGGUAACUUGAGAUAAUAGCUUUCCACAUAGUUAAAGAUAAUUCCAAACUGAACCAUCACUGUGUCCUUGAAUGCAUACAUACAAGCAGUUCCAGUGUAGAGGCCUCCCACAAUACUGCUGCAUCAGAGAUAUAGCCAUGAUGUGUUUUUCAACUUGCCUGUAGAAAUGAAAGCUGAGAAGAGAUCUAGACCUGUAUUGUGUACAGUUCUUAAAACUGUCUUUUCAAAACAAAAAACAAAUAAAUAAUAGAACCUCAAAUGAAAACUAUUCUUAGGGCCCAUGUAUGUAUAUGAAAUAAAUCUUUAGAAGAUAACAUGGUUGAAAAUAAGAUGCUGUAGCUCCCUUGAGAUAUCAGGCUGUUGAAAAAACUUAGUCCCAAGGACUUUCUCCAGAUGCUUCCUUGAGACAGUGGUCUAAUUUCUUAGUGGAUCAGAUUUUCCAGGGUGAUCUUUUUUCUGAUAAUCUAGUUGCAUUAGUAUCUGAAGUUGCCUCUAUAUUUUAGUUGCUUUUGUAAAAAUCCUUUGCUGAUAGACAAAGUAAUGAGUGGAAUUGUGUUUGAACACUAGUUAGACCAUAUUGGAUUAUUCUCUUCUGUACCUCAUCCAGAAAUAAAGGUUUUGAUGGGAUAAUUUCUGUGGUCUGAGUUAUAUAGGUUUCUGAUAUUCAUAAUAAUCAGUUUUGGGCUCCUUGUCACGACUUCGUUGAGUGAUUUGAGCUAUUGGAGACUAUUUAGUUUAAAACUAUUAUUUUGAAAGACUUGUCUCUUGAAGCUCCGUCAACAAGGUGUUGGCUUGGAUGAUUUGUUGUUCUAUCCAAGUUAAGAAAAUGUUUGCAUUUUGACGUAAGAUACCCAGCAUGGUGAUUGUGACUGUCUGAAGAUGGUGAUCUUGACUGUGUUUCCAGUGAGUUUCAAGUGUCAGAUUAUUGAUUCAACAGAGGUAAAAUAAUUUUAAAAUACCUUUUACACUCACCAGCCUUAGAUAUUGCUGAAGAAUUGUUCAGAAUUUGAGGAAGUCACGCCUGAGUGGAUUGCCUCUCUCUUCUGGAGUCAUGGGGAUAACUGCACUAGAAACUCAGCUAAACUUCAACUCUGCAGCAUAGUUACUUUCUGGUUUUGGAGACAUACUUCAGGACAGGAACAGGGGUUCCUAAAUUCAGUAGUUUCAAAUCACAGCUGAGGUGUGAUUGCAGAGUAGAGUUAGUAAGUGCAGGUAGGAUGCUGUAAUAUCUUUUAUAUAUAAAAUAAUUUAGUCUUAAUUUCUGACAUUUUUCUCCACAUCUUUCUGAGAAAUGGAUGUUUUUAAAAUAUUAUCUCGUUCAGCUUUUUCAGAAAGCUAGUGAAAUCUAGGUUUUUCUCUUGGCACUGCACUCAAAGACCCAAGAAAACAGUAUUCAACUUUACAAUUGUUGUAUGCCUCACAGAAGAGGUAUACAUGGUUAAGGAUGGAUUCUGUUCAGGAAAGGGAAGGUGUGCUUCUUUUUCCUGAGGUAAAAGCAAGAAAACUGCAAGCAUAAAAAAUGGUCAAGUAGUGAGGAAAGACAAGAAGUCUCUUAAAAAUUUGUACUAAACUCAGUUUGUAGACUUUCAGAAUAAUCCAGAUCUCUGAGUGCUUGGGAGUCUGCCAGCAUCAUUUGGGGUUUCUUGCCAUUUCAGCAUAGUGGAGUGAUUGCCAGAAAGGGAAUACAGGUCCCUGUAGCAAAGCAUUACCUGUGAUACACAGAAAGAAGGAAUUUAUAUUGUCCUGACAUUAUUCCCCUCAGGAGCUAGCAGGUAUGUCCAUAUUCAGAGAAUUUAUUUGAGAUUUCUUAAAAAAAAUAUUGCCUCUUCCCCAGAAGAUGUAGGUUAGGAUUUCCUUUUCCUGGAAUGCUGAGGACACUCUUAACAAGUAAACAGCAGUUUAGAUUGCAAAACUUUCUCAUAAUAUUUCUAAAAGCCAAAAAGAAUAAUCUUUAAUAGCAUCUAGAAAAAUAACUGAGCACUCAGGGUUAACAGACCUAAAGCAGGCUUCAUAACUCAGCAUCAGCUUCUUUGUGCAGUCCUCAGAGAGAAUGUCUACUUUAUCACUCAUAAAAUGAUGACUGUAUUUUAUUUGCUUUAGUCUAAAAUAAACAUUCAAUAUCCCUGUUUUGUUUUUUUCCCUGUGUCAGGUAUGGGGAGGACAGAAGACUCUGCUCAGCAAUUUGUUUUUAGACUGGGCAAGAUAAUAAAAUUUUCAUAGUGUAUUCCCUCCCAAGUGCUGAAAUGGCUGGGUUCCUCUCCAUUUCAUCCUCUGACCUCUUCUCAGAAGAGGACAUUGACAGUGCACAGCUUUGGCACGACACCCAAAAGCACCCAAACCUAAACACAGCUGCUUAGUCUAAAUUUAGAAAUACUGACCCUUUGACAGCUAUGGGGAACUAUGUACAUUUGCAUAAAAUGUUGCUCAAGGCAUCAUCAUGGCAGCUGAAUGGUCCCUGGAAAAGCCCCUGUGUCCGUUCAAUGAUAGUGAAGGCACAGCAUAUUAUUAACAUGUGUGACUUGUUACAUGGAUGGACUUGCAAGGGCCUGACUCUGAACCAGGGUAGCUCUGUGUCACUCCAGCCACAAAAAUACGGAUGUGCAAGCAGCUCACUGAAAUGGUACAUGAAAAGGGGAGGGUUUGCAAAGAAGGGCUAACUUUGCAUUCAGGGCAAGGCAAAUUUAGGUUCUCUGAAGCAAUAUACAAAAUAGCUCAUCUCCCUGCCUUUCCGUAAACUACAGAACCAAGGGUACUUCUUUGCUCCCAAGUGGUAGUUCCGUUCUUCAGGGCAGUGACUGUUGCCUUCAUCUGGAGCCUGACCAAUACACUGUGUGUGUGUUCAGAUUUCACAGGCUUUUCUCUUUGUCAAGCUCCCCCUCCAACUACACUUCACAUUAUUUAUAUGUAACUGAUCACUUUGUCUGAUCUUAACCAUGCUCCUGCACUUUUUAAGCCCUUGAGUUGUUAAGGUAUGCCCACAGAAACUCCCAGAUAAGGACAACAUCCAGCCAUUGGCAGCAUGGCUUCAUGGAAAAGCCUGACUGUCUCUUCCAUUUUUGUGGAGCUUCUGGUCUGCCUGUUGAAUCUUGGAUAUAGGCAUUCCUCUUCUCCAAAACACUAAUCUUUGAAGGUGGAUACUCCCUUCAUGUUCUCCCAGCUGCCAUGUGCGACUGACUUUAGUUAGAAUUUUGUUUCAUUAGUUUGUUCAUUAGCACCCAUAACUUUCACUAAAGCAUGCUUUAUGGGGAAUGCCUUAUAAAUGUUAAGAUAUCAUAUAUCCAAGGCUUUGCUAUUCUUGGGUAACUGUUGCUGUGUGGGGAAGAGCAUAAGCUACAAUGAUUGUGCCGGUAGACUUUGGAGAAUGCCACUUCAGAGGUUCCAGUUUCGGCACAUAAGCAUGUGUAUUCACAGACACACCUGUGUGAACUGAGGAUGUUUUCAAUUAUGGUAGUGUUUUUACCUCACUGUUGUGCAUUGUUACUUAAGGUUACUUUGCUUUUUAAAGAUUUACUGCUAAGGGUCCUUUUACUACUCCCUCAUCCUUUAAUGCCCAUGUUAAAAAAAUCUGGUGAAAGCAGAAGAGACAAAAAAUUUACGGAUGAAAAGUGCUGUUUUUACUAUAAUUUGUAAGCAAAUCUUUCUCUCCAGUUUGAAAGUGUUCCCAGUUUACUUCUCAAAGCAGAGAAGGGUCAAUAAAGUCUGUUACCAGCAAACCUACAGCAGUUCCCUUUGCUACUUCAUCAUGCAGCCAGUAAAAGAAGCAGAGCAUUUCCAAUAUAGGAAGCAUGGAUUACACAUACAUGUAGAACUUGGGAAACAGGUUUAGUAUGGCAUUUCCUGACAGUGUUCUUUCUCUUGCCUUUAAAACUUAGUUUUAUUUGUACCUCAGAUGAUGAACAUCAAGCAGCCAGGUAGUUAACUGUCCUUUGGAAAAUCAACUUGAAUCUAGUACAAAAUGUACCAGCAAGUGUCACAACAAAGACAAGAAAUAUGAACUAGACCAGCCCCUUUGGUUUGGUUACAGAUAAUUUCCUACUUAAAAGAAAUUUAGGAAGUUAUGUAAAAAGCUCAUAUCUUCAAGUGUAUAUUUGAGGGCAUUAUUUGAAUCUGUCUUUAACCAAUGCAUAUUUGCUGGUCCUUUAGAAAAUCCCUGUAGGUAACUAACAGGUGGCUACUGGGAGAAUGCACAAUGGACCAAAAGCCACUUUUUUUUAACUAGAGAGGACAUACUUUGUUAGUUGUUUUGUUCACUUGUUUGAUUCCGUACAGUUUGAUUUCUCUGCAGCCCCUAGAAAAACAUGUUGAUGUGCUUUGCAAUGCAGUGAAGCACAGUUCCCUGCUCCUUCCUCCUGAGGACAGGCUGUGCAUACUGACAGGCACUGGCGCUGGCACAUGGGCUGAGCACCUCCCCCAGACAGCAGCAGGGAGAAGUAGCAGCUAUGGGUGAUGGCAUGGGUGGAGCUCCUCACACCAGUUGUCCCAUGGGAGAUAGCUUAUCUGUGGACGCCUGUGUUUCUGGAAUAAUAUCCAUUUGAUUGAAAGCCAGAAUUAGAGUAGAGAAGAAAUUGGCUGCCAAGGGCUGAUUGGCACUUGGAGUCAAAGGAAGCAGCUUGGACCCUGCAGAGAGGAUCUCCUUAUCCAUCAGCACCAGCUUCUCUACCUGCAGCCGGUAAUAUUAAAAUAGAAACUCAGAGUGAUGAAGAGAAUGGGCGUGCCUGUGAAUUGAAUGGGGAAGAAUGUGCAGAGGAUUUACGAAUGCUUGAUGCCGCAGGAGAGAAAAUGAAUGGCUCACACAAUGGCUCAGGCAGCAAAGCUUUGUCAGGAGUUGGAGGCAUUCGACUUCCUAAUGGAAAGCUAAAAUGUGAUAUCUGUGGGAUAAUUUGCAUCGGUCCCAAUGUGCUCAUGGUUCACAAACGAAGCCACACUGGAGAACGCCCUUUCCAGUGCAAUCAGUGUGGAGCCUCCUUUACGCAGAAGGGCAACCUUCUGCGCCACAUAAAGCUGCACUCAGGUGAAAAGCCCUUCAAGUGUCACCUGUGUAACUAUGCUUGCCGCCGCAGGGAUGCCCUCACGGGACACCUGAGGACUCACUCAGUUGGCAAACCCCAUAAAUGUGGAUACUGUGGUCGCAGUUACAAACAGCGCAGCUCUUUGGAAGAACAUAAAGAACGUUGUCAUAACUACCUUCAAACCAUGAAUCUCUCAAGCAGCAUCUAUCCAGUCAUAAAAGACGAAAGUAACCAGUGUGAAAUGGCUGAAGACCUGUGCAAGAUAGGGUCAGAAAGAGCCCUCGUGCUGGAUAGACUAGCAAGUAACGUCGCCAAACGUAAGAGCUCUAUGCCUCAGAAAUUUGUUGGUGACAAAUGUUUGCCUGAUCUUCCAUAUGAUGCCAGCAUCAACUACGAGAAGGAGAAUGAACUCAUGCAGACGCACGUGAUUGACCAGGCCAUCAACAAUGCCAUCAGUUACCUGGGGGCAGAGUCCCUGCGUCCCCUUGUCCAGACACCGCCAAGUGGCUCUGAGGUGGUGCCUGUCAUCAGCCCCAUGUAUCAGCUCCACAAACCUCUCGGGGACAAUCAGAUUCGCUCCAACCUCCCUCAGGACAGCACAGUGGAAAACUUGUUGCUGCUUUCCAAAGCCAAGUCUGUCUCCUCUGAACGAGAUGUCUCUCCCAGCAACAGCUGCCAAGACUCAACAGAUACAGAGAGCAAUAAUGAGGAGCGCAGUGGAUUGAUCUACCUGACAAACCACAUAGGUGCUCAUGCAAGAAAUGGCAUCUCUAUAAAAGAAGAAAACAGGCAAUAUGAUGUCUUGAGAGCAGGUAGUGACAAUUCCCAGGAUGCCUUCAAAGUGAUCAGCAGCAAUGGGGAGCAAGUAAGGGUUUACAAGUGUGAACACUGUCGAGUCCUUUUCUUAGAUCACGUGAUGUAUACAAUCCAUAUGGGUUGCCAUGGGUUCCGUGAUCCUUUUGAAUGCAACAUGUGUGGCUACCACAGCCAGGACAGGUAUGAAUUCUCUUCCCACAUAACUCGAGGGGAGCACCGUUUCCACAUGGGUUAAGACACUGGCCUCAACACAAACACAUUGAGCCUCAACAGCUGCAUUACUGGAGCUGCAUGAGCCAUGACAGAAAUAAAGCAAAAGUCAGCUGGACAGUAAAAAUCACAAGAGAAUCAGAAGUUCAGCAAUGUUCUCCCACAAGAACAGGGAUUUCAUUUUGGUAGCAUGCAUUGCAACUCAGUUUUCUAAAAUGAGUUUUUACUGAAAAUGUUUGAUCACCAAAAACCUUUAGUAAUAUAAGUAGGAGCUUUUGUAGUCACAUUGCUGAAAGCCUUUCCCUGAACUGAUGCUUCUUGCAAGCCCCCCUUGCCAGAACUCUUAACCACGCGCAGAAUGCUCAACACAACGAGGACACAACAGGCAGCAGUGGCCAGGCUUUCUCUCUUAACACCCUGAGCAGAGGGCUCUUCUACCAGAUGUAUGUUUUUUUGACUUCUGGUAUUAUUUGACUCUUUUGAGAAGAUUGAACUCAACUAAAGAUGGAGGGACCCAUCUCAGAUGACUUCAUGGACAGCUGGGGUGGGAUGGGACCACCCCCAGCCAGAAGGUUGUGAGUUGCUUUGGUGGUAAGAAGUAGAACAUUUCCACCUGGAAGGGUGCUACUGGUAUUUACAUCACAACAUGCCUUGUUUGUGUCACUAGGCAGACAAACAGGAAUGCAAAAGAUAGAAGAAACACCUUUGUAAUAUACUCUGUGAAGUAUGAAUUGCAUUUAAUGUAUAGAAAAAGAGUAUUAUUGGCUCUUUUUGAAUAAAUAUUUUCUCUUCCUAUACAAUAAACCCCCACUUUUUGUUAAGCAACCCCUCCUUUCUCUGCAUAUAAAAGCUACAAUGUAUUUAAUUUUUCUUUAAAGUUUUAGUUAUUUAGAAAAGUAUGAUGUACAGUUGAGAAAGUAGAUAGGUAUAUGUGUGGAGAGUCUUCUAAAGCACAUUUUUCAUCUUUUUAAACUGUCUGGGAAAUAUCCAAAUGUCCCUCUCGUAGAUAUAAAAAAAAUCCCAUUUUGCUUGCACAGAAGAUGUCCUCUUGUAAAUUUUGUGGCUCUACUCAUAAGUGUUGCACUUGAUUAUUUUUAAAACACUGAGAUUAAUUAAACCAGCCAGUCAAAAUUUUCAGCUGUCUUCUUUUUUCCUGGAAUUUGCCAUUUAAUGAGGGACCAAGGUCCACAAGCUGUGGAGAGCCUUUACUUCCUACCCAACCAGUCAUUUAAUGAAGUGCUUUGAGUUACUUUUCCUUCAGUAGAACUAAUCUUCAGAUUAAAAAAAAAAAAAAAAAAAAAAAAAAAGUUGGUUUUUGCAGAAUGGAGACCAGAGGCUGCAGCACUUUGCAGAAAGCAGAAAAGUCCACCAAAAUCUUUCUCCAUGGUGGGUUCUGCUGCAGGUACUGUAGCUUCAGUUAGAAUCAAAACUUCUGCGAAUAGAUUUUAACUCCAAACACAUCUGAUAAAAAACCUCUUUUUUAAUGCUUCUACUCAGCUUCUUCUUCCAAAUAUUUAAUUUCUGUCCCUGAACACCCUCAUGCUUUAAGACUGGGUAAAAAUUUUUUUGCAGCUGCAUAAAAAUAUGUAAUUGGUUCUGCAUUAUUUCCUGGGCAACAUUCAUAAAAAUGACCCAUCUUAUUAACUGAAUUUAUAAGUACUUCCACUCUGCAUAAGGAAUGCACAUUUUACAAUAAACACAGUCAAAUACCAAACAAGACUAGCAGUCUUGUCAUACAUUCACACAUUUUCCACUCACAAGUGCACACAAGCACAUGUAUUUACUGUAAAACAGAUUCAAUGGGACCAUGAACUGCUUGUACCUCGGCCAGAGUGGCCUGAUAUUACACUUGCAGCUAUAUUUGAUAAAUAUUUCCUAUAUACACAUACUGUUACAGGCAUGCCGAGUUCCUUCUUCUGCUUUCACUUUUGCAGGUGUAGGUCAGGAGAAACAACACUGAAGCUGAGGAAGGACACUGAUGAAAAAAUGAAUCACAAAUGUGUGCUUGUACAACCUCAAGCCUUGGCUGUUCAUGCCAGCUGUGAGGUGCUUGCUUCACUGAACAUGUGAGCAUGGUGGUCUUUUUACACUGAACCUGCCGGAGUGCCUGACAUUGUGGUGGCUUUGUCACCAGAGAUGAAUACUGGGUAGGAAUGCCCACAGACGCAUGCAUACAUCCACAGCAGGGAAAGCACAUUACUAGUACAUCUUAUGCCCCAAAAAUGAGCAGCAUGAACUACAGACUCUAUUCCCACAUUAGAGCUCAGUUACUUUAAAGGACUUUAUUGAUGCCCUCUACUCCAGCAUUAUAACUAUAAUGAGACUUUAUCACUUGUUACCUUCCAGCCCAAGAUCCUGUAAGGGGGGGGGGGCACCAGGAAUCCCUGGACACGUUCAUGCCCCAGCCAUGGUCUUGUCAUCAAUGCCUGCUACAGGUUCAGCUUCAAGACAGACUGUACUUGGCAACAAGGUGUUACCAAAUAUUUUGUAUAGGAAUGAUUUGAAGAGGACUUUCCAGGGGGUAACUUACAUGGAUGAGUUUAAUUUAAUUUAUACUUUUCUUUAAGUACAGCUGGAAUGGGUUCAUUUUUCAUAGCUAGUAGAUAUACACUCAGCUGUUCUUAACCCUCUCCAAUUUUGAUUGAUGCCAAAUGAGAGGGGACAAAGUAAUUUCAAAGCCCUGCUGCAAUGUCCUGUGUGAGAUCAGACAUUGGCUGUACGUAAAUGUUCUGCUCUUACUGCUCUUAGACCUCCUUUCUGUUCUUCUUAGGUUUAGUAACUAUAUCCCCCAUGUCAUAUUUUUUUCAACCCUUUAUUUUAAGAUUUCCCCAGCUAUACAGGGUAGGGAGAUGGCAGCUCACUCAGGUGGUUUUGUUUCUUUGUCUUUACCUAAAACUGAUACAAAUAAAGCCACAUUAAUGAACCCUUGUGUAAGCAAGCACAGCUCCAGUUGUGAGUUGAAGUGUACCUCAAACACAGCUUUGAAAGGAGAUUACUAAUUCCUGUGUAGGUUUACUGCCUUCACCACAUCUCUGUGCACAUGCACUCAUGUCUGAGUCCCUGUGUCUUUCCUCUUGUUGACAUGCACAUGCCCUCUCUGUGGCUUUGUGUAUCAUUUUUUAUAUACAUUUGUAUGUGUACAUAUAUCUAAAAUGGUUUGUAUGACAUGAUGAUGCACUGUCACUCACAGUGGGUUUGUUUCCUGGCUCUGGAGUUUUCCUAUUUAUACUAUAACAGAAUAUGUUGAUGUUGUAUAAUAAACAGUACAGUAGUAUAAGUAUAUUAAGACACGGUGAUUCAGGGCAUAGUCUAAAGGCAGAGUAAAUGGCAUUUUCUGUUCACUAAAGGGAUUUUUCAGGUGUUCUUUUUUCCUGUGUUUUUCUCUUUCGAACAAAAUCGUCUUCAAUUUGUUUAGAAACAAGUGGUUUAUUAAUUUUAUUUAUGAACAUAUGCAAGGACGGCAUGAAAAUAGGAUGUUGUGUAUGUGUACAUUGAAACAAACUGUGCCCUCAGAAAAGUUUAGUGUAAUCUUUUUUCUCUUUUUUUGCUAUGGUGCAAUAACCUGAUAUGGCUUAGUUGACCUUUAAAAGGAGUAAAUAUGUGAGUGGUUUUAAGUUUAUAUCUGUUUUAAAAAAGUAAAAAAUAAUUACUUCCCAUUUUUUCCCGAGGCAUUGCCUUUUCUAAUAGAAUAAAUUGUAUUUACACCUUU